AUGCACUUGAAUCCUUCAAGUGGGCAGCUCCAGGGCCAGCAUCCUGUCCAGGUGCGGAAUCAGUUUCCUCAGCAAACUCCAAUGAUGCGCCCAAAUCAGUCUCAUGCUAUGUAUCCUAAUCAGCAGGUAGCUUUGUUGCCUCCAUCUGUUCAGGGUCAAAGCAACCCUCCUCUGCAACCGCAGCCAGGAUACACUCCUAAUCAACAAACUGGACAAACCAACCAACGUCCUAUUUUGCCACCGGUUGAACAAAUAUUAGCUCAACAACCAUUUGCACAACACCAGACCCCAAUGCCAUCUCAUCUUCGGCCUCAAGGUCCUCCAGUACAUUCAUUUUCCAAGCAUGCUUAUCCCCAGUCCAAGGGUAAUAAUACCGCACUAUCUCAAAAUGUCGUUAGAAGGCCUUCAAUUCCCAAUCAUGCAGGACACGUACCGCCAUUUGCACACUCUGCCAAUACAAUUCCUGUUAGACCAGGGAAUCAGAAUAUGUUGGUUGGGACCAAUAAUCAAGUGCAGUCAAGGGCACCAGAACCAAUUGAAAGACAAGGUGAUGUCACUGAGCAACAAACUGACUCUGCCUCGGGGAAACUUGGAAAAAAUGUGUCGAAAUCUGAAAAAGAAACAAGGUUGAAACCCACUGAGGUUAGGAGUAAGCAAAAUAGUGAAGAUCCACACUCUGUGAAGACUUUAGGCCUAAAUGUUAAUGCAUUUGAAAAUGGUGAUACGUUGAAUAAGAAUGUUGGAAAGGGUGAGGCUUCUGAAAGCACCAAGGUUCAACAUGAUAGUAAUGAGCAUUCUAUUGUACAUGGCAAUGAGAUUCAAGGUGGACCUCCACUGAAGACAGAGACAAUACCCUCUGAAUCGGAAACUGAUAAACUGCACAGUGAUGAUACUCGUACUCCACAACCACCUCCAAACCCUGGCUAUUUCCAGCUUAACUUUGGCCUUACCUGCAUCAUAUGA